UGAAUUUGAAUUCUCUGGAAUUUGUUUCUUCACCUAUAGUUUUCAAUGCAGUUUGACAAAUUUAUUGAUAGAGGCGUGUAAUAUGUAUAACAAUAUCUGUCACUGUUUCUUUAUUAAAUUUUAUAGAACUUGAAAAAAUCGUGUAAUAUUAAUUGUAACAGGUGGUUUUUGUUGUCAGCUAUUGAUACCGUUAAUCUGUAUUAUAUUCUGUUUAAUCCUUCUUCAUUAAUAUGAUAUUAAUAAGAACUUUGAUGUUAUCCUACACGUACUAAACUAGCUUUGUCAAGAACCUCCGCAGUCUCAUCUUCAAACAAGUUGCAUAAAAAUGACGUAUUACCAAAACCUGCAUGCUCACACUGCUUAAUUAUUUUUUCUUGCCAAAAAUAAAAUACAAUAAAUAAAAUAAAAGCUUCCGUUGGUAGUAUUAACCUUGGUGCAGUCUCUUUCUGUUUUAUUUAAUGUAAUAUAUUUUCUCAUUAAUGGUUAUAUUUGUCGUCAUUCUUUAGACUAGCGAAGUUUUAUUUAAUAUUUUAUUGUUAAGAUUGCAUGAUUCAUAUAGGUAGUCGCAAUUGGAAGUGAUGGUUCGUCUUAUCUGUGUGUUUGACAAUAGCUAAUAGUUUUAAAGUUGUAUUAAUAAUUAUCUUUCGUCUCAAUCUGGUAAAUCUUGUAGUAAUCUUUCAGAAAAAGUGGCGUCUUGUUCCUUUAAUACGAAUUGUUCAAAAUCUUGAUGCUGACAUUGAAGCAAUUUUUUCCAACUCUAUCCUUAAUAGGAGUACUUGCUAUAUACGUUGUUUCACUUAUUAGCAGGCAAAUAGUUGUAGUCAACACUGUUCUCCAGCGAAUCGAGGACAAAUAUUCAAGUUGUACCUGCUAGGUUCACCUACUAUAAAGAACACAAGUUAUGUUUUAUAUAUGGAGAGAGAGUAGGCGUUUAAACAUAAAAAUUACUAUAAUUUUCUAAAAAAGAAAAUAGUACUUUGAGUAAAGUUAAAAAAUGAUAUUUGGAAUUUGGAAUUUGAAAUUUGAAAUUGUGUUUGGACAUGCAUUUCACUUGAAAAAAUAUUACAGUUUUGUGAAGGGGGGAAAAACAAUUUUUCUAAAAAUUUAAUUUCCAAAACUUGCAAAAUUUUAUGGACAAACAGGGCCAUAUUGUAAAUUUAAUUUGAAAUAGCAGAUUAUUCUAUUUUCCCACCUAUCACAUAAAGUACUACUAAAAUUUUUUUAUCAAUUGCAAUUUUUUUUUUUGAAACUCAACCUGAUUGCACAAAUUAAAGUUGAACUACUAUUCAUGUUUUUGUCUCAUACUCCAGCGUGAACUUAUUUUCUUUUCGUUUUAUUUUAAAAAGAAUGGCUCCUUUCUAAAUUUACCAACAAUUUAGCUUAAACUUACAACUCUACCUUUAAUGAGAAAUUUUUAUAAAUCACACAACUACUCUGGGCCCCUUUUUGACUUGUUUAGGACCACAAAUUCCAAAAUUCUUUAUUUUUUUUCUUAAAUUCCGUAUCCAAUCAAACAGGUUCACGGACGGAAUAUGUUUUUUUAUGUUUUUGUUGAUCGGAAUAUUGUUAACUUCAUUCAUAGAUGGCAGCUGUAUAUAACACAAAUGAUGUGACUGAUGUCUGCUUCCAAGAACAUUGCAUGACUAAUUAAUGCUAUUUAUACUUCUUUCUUUCUUUCCGACUCGUCAUUGGUCUCUCAAAAGUGCUCCAUCCCAGUCUUGGCAUCCUUCCUUUUAAUUCCUCUGAAAAGAAAAACUUAGAUCUUUAAUUUUGGGUGCUUCAGUUUCGAUCUACAAUCAAUCCAAGUACUGUAGCCGUUAAGAGAAUAUUGACAUUCAAGUCCCAUAGUGGAUUGCAUUGUCUGCAUUUAAACAGCAGAAAAAAUAGGAGGCCGUUCUUUAAAUAAGCAUGGAAACAAGUGAACAAAUCCAUACUGAGAAGGAAGCUUCUGCUGAAGGACUUCCAUCACUCAUCAGAUUCAUAAGUUCUGAAAUGGAUCACGACUUUGAUAGUAUAGUGAAUGACCAUAUUAAAAAUCAGACUGCGCCUGCACCUGAAUCUCACUUUCCAAGCUCAUCAAUUAUGGUAUCUGAAUUUGCUGCUGAGCGAGAGAGUGACAGAAUUCGUGCAGUUUCCAUUAGCAUGCCCCCCUCUCCGAAAAAAGUUGUCUUCACUGAUGACACUAAAGAUACUCCUGAUUCUGCUUUUAGAUCAAAAGAUGCUGGUAGCAAUGGAAAUAAGAAAACAAGGUUUUAUUCUCAGCCUAUGCCAACAGGUACAACUGCAGCCUCUGGAGCUCCUGCAAGCGGCGAACUUCCUAGGAAUCCCAGGAUUAGCAAGCUAAAGGAUAAAAGAUAUGACAGUUUCAAAACAUUUUCUGGUAGGCUUGAGAGACAGUUAUCGAAUUUGCGCGGAAAUAAGAACCAGGAAACAGAACAAGAGUCCAUCUCUCAACCCAGUCCUGAACUGGAAAUUAAUAUUCCUGUUGACCGAUAUUUUGAUGCCUUGGAGGGGCCAGAACUUGACAAGCUAAGGGCUUCUGAGGAAAGUGUUCUUCCAGAGGACAAGACAUGGCCAUUUCUACUUCGUUUCCCUAUUUCAUCGUUUGGUAUCAUUCUUGGUGUUAGUAGCCAAGCUAUAAUGUGGAAAGCGUUGGCCACAUCCGCCACGACCAAAUUUCUCCACAUAAGUUUGGACGUAAACCUUGUUCUCUGGUGCAUCUCUGUUGCCCUGAUGGCCAUUGUCUCUUUCACUUAUGCCUUGAAAAUCAUUUUCUACUUUGAAGCAGUUCGUAGAGAGUACUACCACCCGAUACGUGUUAACUUCUUCUUUGCUCCAUGGAUAGCGCUUCUAUUCUUAGCGCUUGGACUUCCACCUACAGUUUAUCAAAACCUUCCUGAAGCUUUAUGGUAUGUACUUAUGACCCCAUUCUUAUGUUUAGAGCUCAAGAUCUAUGGGCAAUGGAUGUCCGGAGGUCAAAGAAGGCUCUCAAAGGUGGCCAAUCCAUCAAAUCAUCUCUCCGUUGUGGGGAAUUUUGUUGGUUCCUUGCUUGGUGCAACCAUGGGACUAAAAGAAGGGGCGAUUUUCUUCUUUGCUGUUGGAUUGGCUCAUUACACUGUUCUGUUUGUAACUCUGUACCAAAGACUUCCAACAAAUGAGACACUGCCAAAGGAUCUUCAUCCGGUGUUCUUUCUAUUUGUUGCUGCUCCAAGUGUUGCUUCUAUGGCAUGGGCAAAUAUUCAAGGGUCCUUUGAUUUUGGAGCUCGGAUUGCAUAUUUCAUUGCCUUGUUCCUUUAUUUCUCACUGGCUGUUCGCAUUAAUUUCUUCCGAGGCUUCAGGUUUUCAUUGGCUUGGUGGGCCUACACUUUUCCGAUGACCGGAGCUGCUAUUGCCACAAUCAGAUACUCAAAUGUGGUUAACACUGUUGUGACCAAAAUCCUGGUUGUCAUACUUUGCACUCUUUCUACACUCACAGUGACAGCACUGCUUGUGACAACCAUCAUUCAUGCCUUUGUUCUGAGAGACCUCUUUCCAAAUGACAUCUCUAUUGCAAUUAGCGAGAGAAGGCCUAAAACACAUCGAAGAUGGUAUCAUAAUAGACGAGCUGGCAGCACAGAUAUUGAUCAGUUCCUUAAAUAUGCAGAUUCUGCUGAAGCCAAAGAUAUCGAAGCAGCUCUUAGUAGCAUAGAGUUGACCACCUCUGCUACAAAAGAAGUUAGUCAAGAUUGAUUCGUUCAGUUCGAUGAUCCUGAAUUGUUGCUUGCAUGUAUCAUUUGCAAAACUUUAAUAUUUUAUCAAGUGAGGAGCACCAAAAUUUUGGCAAUCCUGUGAGCUUGAUAAAGGAGAAGGCACAAAGGGUCUUGUAAAAAGAAGUGAUCAAGGUAAAAGCACUAUGAGAGAUACAAGGGAACGAGUGGUUUUCCAAGUUUUGAAAGUGUUCCUUUCUGUAUAUAGUGUGGGAGAUGUGUAUUUUUCUAUUAAUAAAAGGGUCCUUUGUAUCUUUUUCACUGCUGAGCUCUUAUGAUGUUGCAGUAUCCACAAUUUUAUUAUUCA